GUAGAGCGGGAGCCGGCGUCGGGCGCUGAUUGGUGGGCGCCGGCGGAAGCGAGUUGGCCAGUUGGCGAGGGGGCAAGAUGGCGGCGGUGGUUGAGCUGGAGGUUGGGGGUCCGCUCGAGCACGACGUGGACGAGGUUGACCUGUCGCACUUGGCCCCGGAGGAGCGAUGGAGGGUGGAACAUGUCCGGAUGCACGCCAAGCACCGGGGCCACGAGGCCAUGCAUGCCGAGAUGGUCCUGAUCCUCAUUGCAACGCUGGUGGUGGCCCAACUCCUCCUGGUGCAGUGGAAGCAGCGGCACCCCCGCUCCUACAACAUGGUGACCCUCUUCCAGAUGUGGGUCGUGCCCCUCUACUUCACAGUGAAGCUGCACUGGUGGCGGUUCUUGGGGAUCUGGGUCUUCUUCUCUGCCGUGACAGCCUUUGUUACCUUCAGGGCUACCCGGAAGCCCCUCCUCCAGACAACGCCCAGGUUGGUUUACAAGUGGUUUCUGUUGAUAUACAAGAUCAGCUACGCCACGGGGAUCGUGGGCUACAUGGCCGUCAUGUUCACGCUCUUCGGACUUAACUUAUUAUUCAGAAUCAAGCCGGAAGACGGUAUGGAUUUCGGGAUCUCUCUCCUCUUCUAUGGCCUCUAUUAUGGGGUGUUGGAGCGGGACUUUGCGGAAAUGUGUGCGGAUUACAUGGCGUCCACCAUCGGGUUCUACAGUUCGACAGGGAUGCCCACCAAGCACCUCUCGGACAGCGUCUGUGCCGUCUGUGGGCAGCAGAUCUUCGUCGAAGUGAAUGAAGAAGGCAUCAUCGAGAACACCUAUCGGCUCUCCUGCAACCAUGUCUUCCACGAGUUCUGCAUCCGGGGCUGGUGCAUCGUGGGGAAGAAGCAGACCUGCCCCUACUGCAAGGAGAAGGUGGACCUCAAGAGGAUGUUCAGCAACCCCUGGGAGCGUCCCCACGUCAUGUACGGCCAGCUGCUGGACUGGCUCCGCUACCUGGUCGCCUGGCAGCCGGUCAUCAUCGGACUGGUCCAGGGCAUUAACUACAUCCUGGGGCUGGAAUAGCCGCGGGGUCCGGCUCCCGGUUCCCCCUCCGGCCUUUGCCAGCGUUGCGCCCGGGGAGCUGCGCGUCGGCGGCGAUGGCAGCACAGGACGGCGAGCGGAGAGCGGCGAAGGCACGGAUCUUUUUUUACGAAAAUCACUUACUUACCUCUCAGGAUUGCGGCCUCCUGCCCGGCGCGAUGGGGAAAGGACUCGCACGAGGGAGAUGCUGCCGCCGAGGGGAAGGGAGGAAGGGGGGGGGAGAGUCCUUUUUUUAAAAAAAAGAAAGAAAAAAAAGAAAAUAAUUAUUUUAAUGAGCAUAUUUAAAGUCUUUUUAUUGCUGGUGUUUGGAAAAGGGAGGCGGUUUUCUCUGCUGCCGUCCAGAGCGCUGUUCCCGCGUGACUGUUUUGAUCAAGAAACCAAAUUCUUUCAGCAAGGUUUUAGAGCGACCCUUUGAUUCCUGGGCCUUUUAGCAACGUGCGGAUAAGUCCGGUCAGCACGUGAGAGGAAGAAGGAUGCGAUGUUGGCCAUGUCAAGUUGGGCUUGGACCUGUUGAGGCAAAAGCAUGACUGGAUGAAGAGCUCGGAAGUCGCCCCGUUUCGAAAACAAAACCCUUUUUGCCCAGGAGGCAUAGUUUGCCACUUGCGUCAGACGUAGGUUCCUCUCCUUGCGUUUUUUGCACUCUUUUUCUGCUUGCAAUUUGGGUUUGAGUCCCCUUCGGUCUUUUCUACAAAGCCCCGGACCCUUCCUGGUGGGAAGUCAAUUUCCACUGUAUCCCCGAAUUGCUUUGUUUCCUGUGAAAAACACUAAAGAUGCCAGAACAUCAGGUAGUAUUGUCAUUGUUACCAAAAUCCAAGAAAGAGCGAACUCAAACUGCAACUAGAACUAAACAAGGAAAUUUUUUAGAAGUCACUGUGCUGCAGAUCGGCCGAGAGGAGUAGCCAACACGGAGGGAAGAAAUAAUAACAAGAAGAAGAAGCCUUGCCAUCCCUUGAAGUACAUGCCAGUUGUGAUUACUGCAAAGUUUGACAACAGUAUUUUGUGCUUUUGAGUCUCAGGGCAGCGGUUAAGAGAGCCUGAUGGUGGGUUUCCAGUUUGGACAAAGCAAAGUGUUCUGACACAAGGAAGCAUCGGUCAUCACAACCUUGUCUUGGUUCCUGCUUUAUGUUUCAGAGAGUGACCCCAGAAACCCAUAACCGAGGAAGAAGAGUGACGGUUUGUAGAAGGAAGGAACUUCCUGCAGACUUUACACCGAGGAGUAGCCCUUGGACACAGUGGAGUGGAAGGAACCCUCGCUGGAUCUUGACCCCACAAGACCCCAUUCAUGUCAGUGUUACGGUUUCUCCAGAGUGGAUCAUUCGAGUAAACGAGUAAAUGGUCUUCCUUCUUGUGAACAAGUCCAAAGGCCAGCUUUGUGGUGAGUUGCAAGUCGGGCAGAAUGGCAACCGGUUGCCAUGAUGCCUUGCUCGAUUAUAUCCCACCGCCCUGUGUAUCCUCAUCCCAUCCAAGUGCAUUUAGGAGAAUGAUCUAGAUGAAGAGAUGGGAGGACCUCUCAAAGGGCAAAGUUAGUUGUUCAUGUAAGGGCUUUUGGGCUGCAGAAAUCGUUCUUCUUUUUCAUCCUUUGCCUCUGUUUUCCUCGACCCCGAAUGGGACGCAAGGCUUGGUGUGUCAUGCAAGGAAUGAGAAACCAGGCAAAAAGGGUGUGAAACUAUGGUGAGAAAUUGCUCCAUUUGCAUGUUUUGGUGUUUACCUGGCUUCGAUCUCGCUCAGGUCAGGAAACUUGAGGCAAGGUGUCUCUGAAACUUAAAAGGAUGAGAAAAGGAACGGGCUGUAUUUGUGUGUGUGUCCCUUUUAUCGCCGUUAUUUUGAUUCCUCCCCACCCCAGAUAAUAAAAGGAAAAUGUGUUUAUUUGCACCCUCUCGAACCAUUUAAGAGCCGUGCAAAACACCCGAGUCACCGACAAUGAGCUUCUCCACUGGACAGACCUUUUGGAGAGUCGUCAAUGUCACUUGAUAAUAUCUUUUCUAAAAACAUGUAAUAAAAUUUGCUGAACUGCU